AUGUCUCUUGCCUUGAUGUUCCAAAGCGAGGGUUCUUUGGAGAACAGAGACGAGUUGAUUGCUCAAUUUGACCAGAAGGUAAACCAAUGCCUGGUGCUUGGUAGAUACCAAGAUUGUCCACCCGAUACGCUUGAGACUAUAUGCUUGACUCUGAGUACCCAGUUCAACCAAAUAGGGAAUGGUGAGGUGAACAGUGUGAUCAUUCUAGGUAUUCUUGCGCGUAUGGCCCAGCGCAUGGGCUACCACCGCGACGCGUCUCAUUUUCCCCACAUUUCCCCCUUCCAUGGCGAGAUGAGACGAAGGGUCUGGGCAAUGAUUACCAAUCUAGAUGUCAUGCUUUCUCUCUCAGUUGGGCUUCCCCGGCUAUUGCGAGAGUUCCAAUCAGACACCGCGCCCCCACGAAAUCUCUUGGAUAGUGAUUUUGACGAGGACACAAAAGAGCUACCACCAUCACGUCCAGACUCAUAUUCGACACCUUGUCAGUGGUUGGUGGCCAAGAACAAACUGACUGUGAUGCUGGGCAUUAUAACGGAUUUCUCAACUUCAAUCCGAAGGCCAAGCUACGAAGAAGUCAUGCGUCUGGACAGACUCUUGCUCGACACGUACUUGGGCAACCCGGAAUUUCUGCUUGAGCGCCCAUUGAGCCAGUCGCUCAUGGACACGCCAGCGACCAUUCUUCACCGCAUCCAACUUAUCACAUUGUGUGCCAAGGCAAGAUGCAUCUUACAUUAUCGAUACCUGUCAUCUUCGAGAACCGAUGAGCGAUAUUCCUACUCUCGUAGCACCUGCAUCGGGGCUGCUCUCAAAAUUCUUGAGUAUCAACGCCUGAUGGAUCAAGAAUCACGGCCUGGCGGGCGCCUUUAUCGUGAAAGAUGGAAGGUUAGAUCACCUCUCAUGAGAGGAGUGAAUCUGCUCGCAACCACUCUCUUAUGUCUAGAACUGAAUUAUGAUCUUUCAUAUGACCCAACAAGCAACCCAGCGCCCAGGGCACUGACAGAACCCGUUAGAGCCGCGAUUAUCCAGGGUCUUCGGAAUUCAUAUCGCAUCUGGUCCGAAGCGGGCAACUCGUAUCCAAAGUCUACGAGUACAAUCCGAGCGAUCGAAGUGGUCUUUCAGAAACUUCAAAAUCAACAUGUUCCCCUUUCACCGACGACUGUACCCAGUCCGGCCAAUUUCUUCAAUAUCGAGCGCAGUUCAGAGCCUUCAAAGGGUAUGAUUGACCUUGGACUGCAUUUCCUUACAUCUCCCGAGGCUAUUCUUGGCUAA